AGUGCGCACCUGAACGUAAAUAAGGAAUACUUCGCACAAACACGUGUGUAUACAAUAGCAAAUUUAGUUAUUUUUUAUGUAAUUUUCCUUUUUAUGCUUUAUUCGGUUUCAUAAAUUUAUUUAUUUCCGCCCAAAUUACUACGUAUACAACCCUACAUACACUAUUCAUUCCAUGGAGAUCAUUCAUUCAUUCCAAAUGCCAAAAUCUUUUGACAUUUUACGUUCCACAAAUUCAUUCAAUCGCUUAACGGCGGUCCGCUUAUGCAGCAGUCGUCUCGCUUACACACGCCUUGCGUGAAGGUACAAAACAAAGGUUUGCAAAAAAUUUCAAUAAAAGCAGUGUUGAACUCUUUGCGCAAAUGAGCUGCGCAGCGCGCCAGCGAAGAGGGUGCGAAACAAAGUGUAUAACAACAAAGCAACAACAAAGAGUAGUCGAAGGCAAAAAGUUGACAGCUUUGUGGAAAAGAAGCGGCGUCAGUAGAAUUUAUUGCUGUGUGAGAGAAAUUUAUAUGGUGCGCUUGAAUUGUUUAUAAAUUUCUUAAAAUUGAAUUUAAAUAAUAUUGAAAAUAUAUGCAAUUAAUAUUUAAUGUUAAUAUAAGAGUUGGCGUUUAGUGUUUGUUAGCGGCUACGUACGAGUGUGUGUUAAAUACGUAUUAACAUGAUGAUCAACACACUGCUAGAGCAUGUUCCCAUAAAACUGGAAGCACCGGAUAAUGGCGACGACGGAGGCGCAGAAAACAAUAGCAAACAGAAAAACAAAAAUGUGCAAACGAAUGGUAAGAAUGUAGUCGCUGAAGAAGAUGAGGAGGAGAGCAGUGAGGGUGAGGAUGACGAUGAAGAUGAAGAUUCUGACGAGGAUGACUCGGAUACGGAUCUUCCAGAUGACGAUGAAGAGGAGACACAACUUCCGAUUAGCAGCGAUGAGGAAGCAGAACUGGAGGCACAACGUAUACGAUUUCAUGAAUUAAUAGAAAAAACCUUGCAUUUACCAACUGUUUCAAAAAAUGGUAGGAGGAGUGGUGACAAAAAGGGCAAUGUCCUAAAAAAGCUUCGUGGUCGUAGUGUCUCAAGUUGUGCUAGUGUUAGUAGUAAAACAUCAAUUGCUUCCUGCUCUUCCGCCUCGACAUUUACGGAAAAUAAUCAUGUUAAGCGCACUGAAGAUGAUAAACAAAAACAGAGUGCCAAGUUUCAGAAGACGGUUGCUUGUAGAAAUGUUGAGAAAGCAAUGAGUACCACUGAAUCUGAAGCGGAACAUGAAGAUGGCGCCUCGACAAAUAAACGCUCGCUUAGAAGCCGUGUACCUUCCACUUGUUCCGUAGCAUCAUCGCUAGUCACGCCAUCCUGCCAAACCGAAUCUUGCGGCAAUAUUUACGUGUACGAGGACCAACAAAAGCUAAUAUUCAGUUGCAGCUUUUGCGAAUUACGUUAUUGCGAUUUAACUAAAUUCGGAACGCACUUGCAUGAUAUUCAUAAAUUGUUUCGUGAAAAAGAGGACACGACCUUGCCAACUCCCGCGCGUAAAAGUCCACGCACACAAUCGAAGCAACAGGCAGAAAGUAAAGCGCAAGCGCAGGACAACAUACUUAAUGUGGUAGUAAAGACAGAAGUGGUGGAGGAUGAUGAUACUUCAAGUGCGCAUUCAAUGUCACCAAUACCUGUAGAUGCAACAAUUGAAUCUUGUGGGAAUGUGUUUAUUUUAAAUGACAAAAAACUUUUCCUAAUUUGUGGACACUGCGAAUGCAAAUAUGCAACAUUGGAUUUGUUUCAUAAACAUUUGCGGCAGCAACAUCAGUUUUUCACAGGGCCAGUAAAAGAAAUAAAUGUGUUGCCUAAGCCGGAGAUAAAGAUUGAAGGAUGCGAAGAGAUGGAUCAGGUGGCUGGACUUAGUUCUGCAGCCUUUGACAGAGAGAAACAGCGAAGCACAAGUAUUGAAGCUAUGAUUGAUUCGCCCGUAAUGGUGGUGUUACCUAUGUCACAAAACUUGGAUAAUAAUGAUAUGUUAACACAAUCGGCAUCAUCUGUCCAAGUACCAGAAACUCCACCACCAGAUGAAGAAAAGAUGGCGGCAGAACCGGUUGAUGACACUACGAGUAAAGAUAAAAUGCUGACUGAAAACAUAAUAGCUAAUGAUAAUGAAAUAUGUGAUGCAGAAAAUAUAGUGCGUGACGAAGAAGUCAAAAACAAACCCAACAGUAAUGAAAUAGAGGUGACUAAGGAAGCAGAUGUUGAAGAAGAAGAAGAAGUGGCCAAAAACAUUUCGAAAAACGAAACACCACCCACGGUGGAGGAGCAUGCGCAGUUCCAAUCAGAUCAACAGGUGCAAACAGCCAAGGUAAUGGAUGAGGAGGAUUUGAGCAAACCAUGUGAGGAAACGCUUGAAGAAGAGAAAGAGGUUAAGGCGGUGGAUGAAAAAAAGACAACAAAACCUAAAAGAAAGCGACGUUCGGUUUAUUCGAAACGUUCGCCAUCAAAGCGCCGUGCUACUACACCGAAAGCUACAAAUGUACAAACAUCUGAUAAAAACGAAGCUGACUCCACCGCCGCUUCGAUUGUUCCUACCGUAGUUGAGAUUGACGGCGCUGCUACUACACCCAACGCUGCUGUUGGCGCAGUUAAUACUACUGUCGAGGGAAAUGAUUCUACACUUGGUAAAGCUCGUACUUCACUCGCAGCUAAGUCUUCGAUUGAUGUAGCUGAAACGGUUUCGACAACCGAGACUGAAACGAAAGUUGUGCCAAUACCAACAGCUGUCGACACUUUAACAAUUGUAUCUGAAUACGAAAUAUCAGGAUAUGAAAUAACUGAGUAUGUGACAGAUGUUUUAACGCCAACUCCUAUAAAUCCAACGUAUACCGUUGUAAGUGAGAACUUUACCAAUAAUUUAAAACAAUAUCCCGAAGCUCCGUCCGAAGAUUUCACUACCACAGUCGAUGCUGAGAUCAAAGAACCAAUUUCUUUAACAGAAGAUCCCACAGAUAAUAUUGCUUCUACAAGCACUGCAGACGUAAAGAAACUAAAAGCCAAGACAGCGACCAGAACUCGGUCUAGUUCAAAGCCGACUGCAAAGAAAACACGGAACAAUAAAAAGGUUGCAUUCGCAAGUGAACCAUCAGAGCCAGCAAACGAGGUUAUGUCGCCCCCUAACCCUGCGUCAACUGUUAACAAAACAUUGUCCACUGAUGAUAUCGAAACGAAACAAAAUACAUCGACGGACAGCGUUAAAACUCUCAUAGAACCCAUGUGCCGAACUACAUGCUAUUCGGAAACCCAUAAACUACGUUAUGCUUGCAACCAAUGUCCAAAAUCCUUUAGUAAAUCACCACGUUUGGCUGAACACAAACGCUUGCACACGGGCGAGAAACCGUUCAGUUGCGAUGAAUGUGGCAAAACGUUCCGUAUUAAGAGGCGUCUAAGUGAACACAAAAUGCGUCAUCUCACAGUCAAAGCAUAUAAAUGUGAAACCUGUGGCUUGCCAGUGGCCACCAAGCAAGACCUGCGUCUGCACCAGCGUCAUCACACUAACGAUCGACGUUACACGUGCACCGAAUGCUCGAAGGGUUUUGUGCGCAGCUCCGAUUUGAAGAUACACAAACGUGUGCACACGGGUGAGAAACCAUUCGAAUGUGAAAUUUGCAAGAAAACCUUUCGGGCAAACCAGAAUCUCCUUGUACACCGUCGUUCACACAUGGGCGAGAAGAAUUACAAAUGUGAUUAUUGCGAUAAACGCUUCAUGCGCAAUAUAGACCGCAAAGUGCACCAUCGCACACACACAGGUGAAAAACCAUUUAAAUGCGAAAUCUGUGGACGUUGCUAUUCAUCACGCGCACAUGUACGCACACAUCUACAGCGUGAACAUGUACAAUUUGCCGGUGUACCUAAAACCGAACGCAAGAAGGAGCGUAAGGCAAAACAAACUGCUGCCGCCGGCGUUGAAGCUCUUAAGCAGCAACAAUUAAUGGAUGAAAUACAAGAACAAAUAUUACAAUGUUUAAAAACGGAUGAGUUGGAGAAUGAAGAGGAUGAAUUAGUGACGGCAACUAAUGCUGCAACAACAACAACAACGAGCAAAAUAAAAUCAGCUGAAGUGAAAAAGCAAAAGUGUGGCAAAUCGACACCACGAAUGUCGCCAGUGUUAAAGGCAGUUGAUGAUUUAGCCGCCCAAAAAGCACAACACUCACAAUCGUUGGCUAUGCAACAGGUGUCUGUAACUGUGUCCAUGCAAGUGCAAAAGGAUAUUGGUGAUAUGGGGGUUGAACCAACGCCAGAAAAAGAAAAUGCCACCGCAUUGUUGGCAGGUGUCUCAGCACCGUUAAGCAAAAAUGCAAAGAAUGAGCGUAAAAUAACGAGUUAUUUCACUGUGUUGGGACAAAAAACGGAAAUUUAAAGACUUGCACAUUUCAAAUGGAAAAAAAUAUAUAUAUAUAUACACAUAUAUAUAUAUAUAUACUCGUAUAUAUAUAGAUAUCUAUAUAUAGAUAUAUCGCAGAAUAUUAUUUUACACUUUUAUAAUGGUUAACUAGAAAUAAGAAAAACCCCUAGAUAUAUAUAUAUAUGUAGCAUUAUCUAAGGCAGCGUUAGCUAUACCAACUAUAUAGAAUUCUCAAAUAUAUAUUUAUACGUAACAGAACUUAGGUACGAUUAUCAUAUUAUAUAAAAGGCAUUAUCUUAUUUUUUAACGAGUAUACAAGUACAGUAAUGUCGUAAACACAAAAUGAAAUCAACUAAAAGACCUCGCCUAAACUGUUAACAAAUAACUUUUUAAUGAACCUUCAAGAAUGUAGAAACUAUUGUUGAGCCUAAACAAGUAUGAACUUUUCUUGUAAAACGUGAUAUGCUUAUUGAAAAAAAAAAAAAAAAAAAA